AUGUCAAACCUCUCACAGGGCAAGUGCAACACUGUUAGUCGCGUAAGGAUAGGGCAGAUCAACAUUGCUAUAAGCACGAUCGUCUUUCGGUACUUUGAGCUCCGACACGACGACAAUACAAGGAUUGCUAUACAUGUAAUAGUUGCUGGUCUUAUGAUGACACGUAGAAAUUGCACAGCCUUAAGACGAUCGAUAUCAAAACACGGCAAAUCCUACCGGUACUCGAUACCUUCUCACAUCCUCGCCAUCGUUGCCGCCGACGUCGCCGUCGCCGUCGGCGGCGCAUCGGCUACGUGGACUUCAACAGCAGGCACCGAAUCCCAAAGAGUCGCGAGCCAGAUCAUGCCAAGCCAUAAAGUACCUGCUAUUUCUGGCGAUAGACUCGGAAGCAGCCCCGUGCUUUCUAACCGACGACCAAGAAGAAGAGCCGAAAACGCAACGGCUGCUUCUGUCCAGACAUCGACAAAGUCCGAGUUAGGGUUUCCGAGUGAUCGGAAUGGCGGGACUGGGCUUUGGUCGCAUUACUCGAUGGAGAAAGAGAGAUUUGGCUCAGGCGAGCAAACAAGAAGGCGUUGCACACUUACGAGAUAG